AUGCUCACAGCAGAAGCAACAACAACUACAACAACACCAACAACGAACGACGCUUCUCUCGUGGCUCAACCAACUUUAUCCAGCAAUGUCAAUAAUGCAACCAACAAAUUAGCAAUGGGAGCGACCACCAUGUCGAGGUCAGGCAGUGCAAACAGCAACAUCAGCAAUGGAGCGGUUGUGCAUCAGAAUCCUUGCACUUCAGGAACAGCGACAGCCAUUGGACAACAUGUUACUGAAUUAGACGAUGUCGACGAUGAAGAAGAGGACUAUAGCGUGUCACCAGCAAUGGCACGGUCUUCAGUUGAGCCUGAGCGAGUGUUAUCGAGGCGACCAUCGAAUGGGUCUAUUCGAUCCAAUAUUUCCACGAGUUCCAUGUUUAGUGUUACCAGCCGAAUGUCUCGUAUCCCCAAUGCUUUCCGAUCAUCGAUUGUUUCAGUAAAGGAUUUCAUGUCUUCGAGUCGUCGACCAAGAUCACGUAGUCGACUUGCUACUAUGAUGCUUCAUCAACGACAACAACAUGACAAUAAUACCAAUACCCCAUCAGCAUCGGAUCAACCACCAGCAGCACCACAAACCAUUCAUUACACAACACCAGCUUCGGCUCCGUUUCCCGAUAAUUCACGCUUACAACGUCGUACGCCAAGUUCAUUAGGGCUGUAUACUAUCUUUUCAAGUAAUAACAAGGAUCGGUGUCUUCCUGUCGCGGAGCCAAUGAACGGUGAUACGAAUCAUGAUGGUUCACCAGCCAUGAUGCAGCGGGCUUACAGUGAAAAUCAUAAGCUUCAGCUUGAAGGUGGUACUACGACUACUACUGUCAUGAUGGAGGAGGAUUCACGAGGUAAAGCUCCACAACAAUCAAAAGGAGCUGUUGGCGAACUCUUAUUCGGGAUGGAUAUUGGAAGUAUGGGAUUCUUUGAUGGUGACGCGGUCGAUUCCUCUGUUUCAAGUAUGAUAUCUGGAUCUGAUGAUGUCAAAAGUGAACAAUGCACCGAUGCUACUACAUCCAGUAAUGAGGUUGUUUGGGGUAGACAACGAGCCAAAUCAUGCCAAGAAGCAUCCAAGGCAUCAUCCUCUUCAUCACUUCGACGUCUUGCUCGGGGUCAAUACGCUUCCACCGCAGCACUCAACUCGCACAAAAUGUCAUCUCCGCCCAUACCAUCUGCCACGCUUGCGGAUAACGACCUUUCAGAAACCAACCACAAACCAUCAUCGACAACAGCCAACUAUCGCCAUUUGAAUACAAAUACAGAAGAUGGAUUCUCAGGAGGAGGAGGAGGAGGAGGAGGACAUUACAAGAAUAAGCGGAAAUUGGUAGAAGGCAACAAAGGAGGAGGAGGCAUCGUUGACCUGUGUCACAACAUUCUUGUCACCGCAACUUUGACGACGUUGCACAGCAAACUGAUCAGUGAGUGUGACAAUCUCCUUGCAUCAACAAUUCUAUCACCUGAUGGAACGAUCAAACGGUUCCCCGAGGAACAGCUGCGUAUCCUUGUCAAUGAUGUGCGUAAAAUGACCGAUAUGGUGGAAUGGGAUACUCAAGGAGAGGGGUCCAAGUCAGCUAUCCAGGCGUUCUUUGUCACUGUGAAUGAAAAGAUUGCUCAAGCCAAUGCAUUGAAUGAAUCUCUUACUGCUGAUGGCCAACCUAUUCAGCCCACGAGCAAAAAAGAUAGCAAGGAUAUCAUGGCACGGAUUGCAAAUCAAAACCAGGCGGUGGCAAGUGCUGUCAAGGAGAUUAUCACUUUGUUGAAGCAAAUGGUGAAUCAAAGUGUGUGUCAGUAUCACAAGGUCUAUGAACGAUCCAUGGUCAUCCCAUGCAAGAAUUAUCGCAUCGAGGGCAAGAAUCGUUUGGGAAGCAAUGCGCAGGAUUAUGCAGUGGACAACACACGCCCCGAUUAUGCACAAGCCAAUGUGGAGCAUAUGGAUGAGGAGGCUUAUGGUUUUCGCAAUCGUUUUGUGGAUAAGGAUUAUACCACCUUUGUUGGAUAUACCAAAGACAAUGAUCCCAUCUUGGUGACAGCUGUUUGCGAGGAGAAGGAGGUGGAUGACAAUGACGAGGAGAACAAGCCUGAUGCAUCGACAAAGAGACUAUACCAUAUCAUCAUACGCAAAAAGCAGGGACAAGAUAUCCGCAAAACUAUACCAGAUUCAUUCCUGCUACGAGCACCAUCGGCUGAAACCCCUGAAAAGGAUCCGAUCCUCGAUACAACAUGGAAAGCAGUCAUUGAGCCUUCGUUGGAUAUACCCUUUGACAACAUGAAGAAAAUUGAUGCCAACACGAUGAGCAACUCUGGAUUACAAAAGGAUAUCUUGAUGCUGGAUGAGCAAGCGGUUCAUGAUCGUUACAAGUUUGGUGUGCUUUAUAUCAAAGAGGGUCAAACCAGGGAAGAGGAGUGGCUUUCUAACAAUCACGACUCAAAGCACUUUGACCACUUCCUCAAUAUUAUUGGCCGAAAAGUUCCCCUGAAAGGAUACAAUGGAUGGGCUGGGGGUCUUGAUACUAAAGGCGGUUAUUCUGGCGAGCACACAUUUGUGAAUGAGUGGAACGGACACAAUAUCGCUUAUCACGUCUCAACAAUGAUCCCUGCACAUCCAGGAGAUAAGCAGCAGGUGCAAAGGAAACGCCACAUUGGCAACGACAUUGUAUGCGUUGUAUUCGCCGAAGGAAAGCAGCCAUUUAAUCCUGCAGCCAUCAAAUCACAAUUCCUGCAUGUCUUUAUUGUGGUCCACCCAGAGGAAUGGAAUGGCCGUAUAGGAUGGAGGGUCGAAAUUGCCAUGGCCGAAAAUGUGCCUAGUUUUGGUCCCUCAUUGCCAGCGGAAAAUGCCGUAUUCUUUGAUGAAGCCGAACUUCGCUCCUUUAUGCUUGCAAAAUUGAUCAACGCCGAAUAUGCCGCGUACCAAUCACCCAAAUUUGCUCAACCAAUGGCACGUGCACGUGAAGGCAUCCUUGCGCACCUUUUGGAACGUGGUAACAAGAUAGCCCAACCCAUAGAGUUGUCUCCAACAGCAACCAGCACACCUUCAUCAUCAUCUUUGGCGCGCCAUGUCAAAUCACCAUCGACUUCAUCCGACAAGAGCUCAAAGAGUGCAUAUAGCAGUUCAAGUGAUGCAGCUGCAGCAGUACCAGUACCCUCACGAUCCAGCAUGAUUAAAGACUUUUCGGAAGGGAUUAUUGCUGCAGGUCUCGGGCGUCGGCGUAGCGGUCAGGAUUUGAGUGAUGCACGUUUGAAACCAGUGCGUGGUGUUGUCAAACCAAAAAAGUCCAAAGAAGCAGAUGAAGACACAACAACAGCAACAGCAUCAGCGUCAUCAUCAUCGCAACAGAGGAGUUGCUCUGAGCUGGAUCUCAUACAACAACAACCCUCAGCAACGGCCAUGUCAGGUUCUCGUUCAAGUGGAGCGAUCAUGCAAAAUCCAUCAAAGAAUGAGCGUAAUGGUUUCCGAUACAAGGCACAAAGCAUCCUAACAUCAUUUGGUGGAGCAGGACGACGCCAACAACAACAAUGA